AUGACUAUUCCUAUCACCAUUGGCUCUUCCUCGGAAUACUCGCCUCUGCCAUCUGGCCUGGCGCGCAUCUCACACAAUGAAGUCGUUCUCGUUGAGCUUCAGGGCGCGCUCGAAGUCGAGAGUCGCGAAGCACGCGAGCGCGACGGACGCCUUAUAGGGCGCUUUGGGAUUGACGAGAAUGGGACGCGUGCCACCCUCUUCAUCGGACAUCACCUCCUCGAAGGCAAGGUCGCCCAAAUGCCGAAGCCAUUUGCCGUCAUGCAGCGGAAAAGCGCGCCCGCGUCUCGACGGAGCGCGCUGAGCGGUGGCGAGGCCGGAGGCGACAACGAUGACGCGAUGGAUCUCGACACGUCUGCAGACGAUACCUCCGCGCAGGACAACGUCAGUUGGGAGAUCAUCGCGGUGGUCAAGCGGAAGAUCGUCUUCUCGAAGCGCCCGAUGCCUAUUGUGGGUCGGACGGCGCAGAAGACGGCCGGGAGGUGA